AGAAUUAAGGGAAAAUAUUCACGUAAGUUAUUUCGGGAUUACGAUUCAAGGGUUUCCGGUUACGGAGUUUCACGAGCUUCCUUAGAUACGAACAACUAUGGCGGACAAAACAGAGACGCCAUCUGGUCUGACAGACGAGGGAGGAACAAGUCAGAAAGAUCCAAAAGUUGUAAAUAUGGACAGUGUCAGUGUUGAUCAGACCAAACAACCAACAGACUCGGAUAUUGAUACACUUCUACAAGAGAAGGGAUUAAUGAUUGACCCAUACAAUGAGGAUGAGACAGAGUUGAGAUUCCUCCAUUCCAAACCCACAUGCUUUAUCAUAAUUGGAAAACCAGGCUCCGGAAAAACAAGUCUGGCUAGAAGACUAGCAUCAGAAUGGAAAUGUGAACUCAUCAAUCCUACUGAUUUGAUCAACCAGCAUAUACACAUGAUGACAGAAACAGGCAAUAAAUGCCAAGAAAUUCUUGUGAGAGGAGAGGCAAUUCCAGAGGAUAUGGUUAUCAGAAUGAUUGAGGAAAAAAUCCACUCUCCAGAGGUCGUUCAUCAUGGUUAUGUGCUAGAUGACUUCCCUUGCCUAUCAGAGGAGAACCUCUCCAUCAAAGACCAGAUUGAGCUUGUGAAGAACUGGAAACUUAAGCCAGAUUUUAUCAUUAACAUCAAGAUUCCUGAUAAAGAUUUGGAAAAGAGGCGAAUUGGACAGAAAAUUGACCCCAUGACAGGAGAAAUCUUCACUGAAGAUGUUUACAACCCAGAGAAACCUGUGAAGGAGAUUAAAGAAGAAGGGGAAGGAGAGGAAGAAGAGGAGGAGGAAGAAGAUGCUGAGGAGGCCACACCUGAGGAUGGUGAAUUCGCAUCAGAGCUUCCUCCUGAUGUUCUUGAGAGACUUUUGCGCCGUCCUGAAGAUUUGGAAGAGCAAGCUGUAGGGAACAUCUCCAAAUAUAAAAAUAAAAUGCUGCGACUUUUGGAGGAUUACAUGGCAGACCACGACCAGCAAUAUCUGAUUGAGAUGGAUGGAAAUCAAACCAUUCCUACUCUAUUCAGGCAAUUAUUGUCACGAUUGAAUUGUUUUGUCCUGCGACCUGCUGCCGUGCCAAUCCGAUUACAGGACCCAGAGGAUGAUGAAAUUCCAGAGGAGAUUGAAACAGAUGAAUUGAUGAGGACACUUGGACCUAAACAAAUGGUGGCCCCCAGGUUCAGAUGGAGGAGGAGUCGGUGGCUCAGAAACUGUCCAGUGGCUCUGUAUGAAGGAGACAUCGUUCCAGGCAAACCAGAAUUUGCUGUCAGCUUUUUGGACAAGAUUUAUGUAUUAUCGAGUGCUGAAGCCAUGGAGAAAUUUUUGAAGAAUCCUCGCCCCUACUUGAUGGUCCCACAGCCCCGCCCACCUUGUAAAUUAGCCAUUCUUGGACCCCCUCUGAUUGGAAAAACCACAUUGGCACACCUCCUGGGACAAAAGUAUGGAGCUAAGGUCUUAGAUAUGGAUGUAUUAAUGAAACCAAAGAUGGAAGAGGAAAAACAGAAAUACAUUGCUGAGCAGAAAAAGGAGGCAACAGAGAAUGCCAUUUCUACAGUCAAAAUGAAGAUCAAAGAGAAAAUGGAGGCUGAGCAGGCAGCUCGAGAGGCAGAAGAGGCAGCUGCAGCAGAACUUGCUGCACAGCAAGCAGAGGAGGAAGCAGAGGAAGAUGAGGAAGGCAAAAGUGGUGAUGAAAAAGAGGAAGAUCCAGGUGCCACAGACACUAGCACAGUGAAAGAUAGUGAGGAAAAAAGUGAGGAAUCUCCUAAAGAAGAGGCUAAGCCCGUGGAGGGGGCUGAGACUAAGGAGGUCAAAGAGAGUGAAGAAGAGCAGAAAUCUGGUGAGGAAGGUACUGAGGAGAAAGCAGAGGAGUCAAAGGUUGAGGAGAAGUCAGAGGUCACUACCACUUCCUCGGAGCCCACGGGCCCUCCACCAAUGCCUGAGGUCGACGAGACUCACCCUGAGGUUAUUGCCAUAGUAGAGCAAGCCAUGAAGUUGGCCGAGGAACAUCAAAUCUCCCUGCCACCAGAGGCCUAUAUCGAGGUUCUGGAAACCGCAAUCAAGGAUGCCGAGAAGGACAUAAGAGAAAAGACCCCAGAUGGACCAAUACAUGGUGGCUGGAUCUUGGAUAACUUUCCAAAAACAAGAGAUCAGAUGAAUAUGUGCAUAGAAAAGAAUGUGAUGCCAGAUGACUUCAUCGUAUUACAAGACAAAGAGAACAGCGAAUUCCUGCUAAAGCGUUACUACCAGAUGAACAAAGAGGAGAUUGACGGGAAGAUACAGGCUCGCAAAGAGGAGGAAGAGCGUAAAAGGAAGGCCAUCGAAGACGAGAGGAGAAGACAGGAGGAAGAGGAGAGAAAAGCAGCAGAAGAGGCGGCGAGGAAAGCAGCUGAGGAAGAGAGGUUGAGGAAGCUGGCUGAGGAAGAGGGUGAAGAAGGAGGUGAGACGGCUGAGGAAGGUGAGGAUGAAGACGUUGAGAAGACAGAGGAACCAGAAAAAGAAGAACCAGCUGAACCUGAACCUCCAAAAGACACGAGUUCCCCCACACCAUCAGCCUCUUCUUCAGAAGAGGAAGAAGAACAGAAAUCGGAAACAGUCAAGACCAGUGAACCUCCCCCGUCAUCCAUUGGAGAUGAAGAGGGGUUAAAGUCGGGAGUCAGGAUAAAGGAGGAUGAAAAUAAACUUCCCACAGGACCAGAAAUUGAGGAAUUUAAGGAGAAGAGAAAGGAGUCUGAUAGAGAGUUUCAGAAUGUUCUGGCCGCCAUUGCAGGAGGGAGCAGCAUGGAGCCCAUCAGUAUUGAGGCUGAGGAUAAAUCAGUGGAGGAGGUGUACCGAGAGUCCUUAGAAAAUGUAGAGAAACCUUUCCUGUAUGCGGGCUGGGAGUACCAGGGGGCUGAUGUAGAUGAGGAGGAGGAGGAUAUGGAAGCUGAUGCAGCAGCAGCUGAGGAAGAGGAGGAGGAAGGCGGUGAAGAGGAAGAAGAUCCCAACCGAAACAAGAAGAAGCCUUUAGGAGACACCAACCAUUUCUGUCCGGUGGCCCUGAAAGACAACUUUGUCUUGUACCCAGGGAACCCUGAAAUAGCCUCAAAGUACAGAGAAAAAGUGUAUUACUUCUCUACCAAUGAAGCCAGGGACAAGUUCAUAAUCAACCCUACAGAUUUCCUCCCCAAACAUAAACCACUGGAUCCCCCACCCAUUCGUGUGUUGAUUCUGGGAGCCAGAGGUGCUGGUAAAACACUCCAUGGCCGACAGAUGGCCAGAAAGCUGGGUCUGUUCCAUAUCUCAUUCAAAGACAGACUCCAGGAGUUGAUCAUUGCCAAGACCAGGAAGAAGGUGGGACCAGAGUAUGAAGAAGACAACCAGGAGGAACCAGAUGAACCGGAUGAGGAUGAAGAUGAGGCAGCCAUUACAGACCCUGAGGGAAAACCAGUGGAGAAGCCAGCCGAACCCUCAGACAGCAAGGAGAGCGGGGCAGAGGAGAAGGAAGAAGAGGAGGUGGAGUUUACAGAGGAGGAAGAGGCCAUUAAAGCUAACCUGGAGUCAGAUGAGCCCCUCCCAGCUGAAGUCCUGGACACCAUUAUCCCUGCCUGGUGGAACAAAGAACCAUUUAAAUCCACAGGGUUUGUACUGGAGGGGUUCCCUAGAACCAGUGAGGAGACUAAAUACAUGGCAGAAAUGGGUCUGUUCCCAGACUCUGCCAUCAUUCUAAAUGUAGAGGACAGUGAUGUCAUUGGCCGUCUUCUGCCUCCCAAACUCGAUAAGUGGAGAGUAAAGCGAGACAAACGAUUGGAAAAGAAACGAAAGAAGAAGGAGAAGGCUCAGAAGAAGAGGGAAGCAGCAAUUCAGAAACGCAGAGAGGAGCUCCUUAAGGAGCAGGAAGAGAGGAGGAAAGAAAAAGCGGCAGAGAAGGCGGCAGCACGAGAAGAUGCUGAGGAGGAGGAGGAACCAGAAGAAGAAGAAGAGGCAGAGGAGGAAGAAGAGGAAGUAGAUAUUGAGGCUCAACUAGCCGAGGAGUUCGAGGAGGAGGAGGAAGAAGAAGAAGAGGAGGAGGAACAGGAGGAGGAUGCCACGGACAGAAUGAGAAACGAUCUUAAUGAAGUGUACGAUAACGACACCAAUAAACUCGCUGCUGUGCAGGAAACUCUGGAGGAGAUCUCUGUUCCCCGUGUAACUGUGGAGGCUGGAAGGAAGCCACACAUUGUUCGAUACACCAUGUCUAAAGGCCUCAAGCCAUUCAUCGACUUCAGGCACAGCAUGUUUGAGAGGGUGUACCCCAUCAGUGAGAGGUUGGCCAAUAAAAUGCUGCAGACAGGCUACAAACAACCCAGCAAAUUUGGCAGAUGGUGCCCUGUCAAGUUAUAUGAGGGAGAUGUGAUCCAGCCAAUGAAUGGUCUAGGAUUUGCGACCUACCCAUGUAUCUAUCGACAACACAUCUACUUCCUCUCUAGCCCUCAGACUCGGGAGGAAUUCUCCAAGAACCCCAUGCUAUACCUCACACAGAAUGUCUCCAGGCCAGUAGUACCAAUCAGACUGAGUAUAAUUGGACCACCGAAGUCCGGCAAAACCACAUUGGCUAACAGGUUUGUGAGUGAGUAUGGCUUGGUUAGAUUGUCCAUUGGAGAAGCCAUGAGACGAGUUCUGGCGGAACAACCCAGGACAGAUCUGGCUAAAUCCAUUACCAAACACCUGGUCAAGGGACUGACCGUUCCUGAUGAGCUGGCCGUCCAGGCUCUGGACAUCUGUCUGAUGGACAUGAGAUGUCAGACCAGAGGGUAUGUGUUGGAUGGCUACCCCAUGACCAAGAAGCAGGUAGACCUGAUGACUGAGUGUAGCAUCAUACCAGUCAGGGUCGUGGAGUUAGUGAUGGACAGCAAGGAAGUGAUGAUCCGCGGAAUGACUGACCGCAUAGCACCCACAAGGACAUUGCCUCUUCACGACAGUUCUCAGAUUCUGGCCGUUAAGCUGGCUGCCUACAAUAAAGAUGUAGGUCAGGUCAAGGAAUGGUACAAGAAGGAGCACAUGAACCAUGAAAUGAUCAGUGGGGAGCGCUCCAAGUGGUGGGUCUGGAACGCUGCCCUUGACAUCUCAAAAAUAAGCGUGUCACAGAUACAGACCUACCUCAAGAGAAUCGGAGACGGUGAAGCGGCAUCCAUUGCAGACAUGUGUAUCACCCCAGAUGAAUUUCUGCAGCGAGUGGGCGACUUUGGUCAGUAUUGUCCGGUCAGUUUGGCCGACAAAAAUGAACUCAUCGACUGCUCCACCAACAUCACUCUUAAACAUGCUGCCGAAUACAGAGGACAUUAUUACAAAAUGGCUGGUCAGAAAGAAUUGGACAAGUUUUUGGCUGACCCUGAGAGAUAUGUUCCUCCCCUAGCCCCCAACAAACUCCCCCCACCGGAGCUCCUUCCCAACAGACACACCCCCUCUGAUGUGAAGGCCUCUCAGGAGAUUGAACUGUUAGGAUACUGUCCAGUCACAUUCCUUGAUGGACACUGCAGAUAUGAGGCUAUAGUCCCAGGAAUACCAGAAUUCAUAGCAGAAUACAGAGGAAAAUUCUUCUAUUGCGAGUCUGAAGAAAAGCUCCUAAAAUUCAUGAAAACCCCUGAGAAAUAUUAUGACCUGAAGCUGCCCCACAAACUUCCCCCUCCCAAGGAGACCCUCCCCGUGACGGGCCUCCCCAUGCUGGGGUACAUGGAGCAAUCCAGUGCCACUGCCAUGGUCAAAGCUCUGACCGCCUGCGGAAACUUCAAACCCAAAUACCCCUUUCUCAGUUCUACGAGGUCAGCUCUCAUGUAUGUCGCCUAUCAUCUCAAAGCCUAUAAUCCUAAAAGUUCUGAAUAUGUAAGAAAGAAGUACAAGAAAAAGUUACAAAAAUUUGAAGAAACAUGUCAACUUAUCCGUUACCUUGGAGACAAUAUGACAGUGCGGUAUCGUGCUCCAAAUGAUCGCCCCGGCGAUUUUGACAACAAAUUAGAAGUAUUCUUUGCUCUAAGAGGAAUUGAACCAACAAAAACAUGGAUGGUGUGAUAUUGAGGGCUUUAUUUCGGUUUUUGUUAGGAUAACAGUUCAUACAAAAUUUUUAAGUGCAUUAACUGUGUGAAAGGUGCUCAUCUGAUUCCUAGAUAUGAAGUCUGUAAGUGAUACUGCUGACUAAAUCGAUAACUUAUACAUACAUGUAAGUUAAAUGUCAAAGGUUAAUAUAUUAAACUUUAUCCAACUUUGUAAUCUUUUCAUUGUUGCCCACAAAUUCUGAACAUAUUCCUGAUUGUGUCAGAUGAAUGUACCCAGAUAAACCUUGUGAUGCCUUUACAUGACUGUACCCUUGUACUGUGAUAAAGCUGUCACGUGUUUCUAUUGUAUUGUUGACAAUGUGUAUUAAACAAUAAGAUUAUGUACAUAGAUGUGAAUUGUACAGGUUAUGGAUAUCGUCCGUCCAAUAAAUAUGUCAUACAAAG